ACCUCAAAAGCUGACUGUCAAACGAGCAAAACAAACGGAUUUUCUUCCAUGAAUUUCUAUCGUUAAUGUAAUUGUACGUAGUUAAUUCAGUUAUAAUUUAUCGUUAACUACAAGAAAAAUGUUUCCGAGCAUAGCUACCCGCGUUAGAACAGCAUCUAAGCGAACUACGCCGUUGUUGAGUUUUGUUCGGACUCACAAAGCAGCGUAUGAAGGGGAGGGCAAAACCACAGUGCGUGUGCUGAACCAGGAACAAGAUCUGGGGCUGAUGAUCGACGCUUAUGCCACGUACGGGUUCCGGUUAAACAAUGGUAUCACAGUCCUGGGUCCGCUGGCCAUCUUCCCCCGCACCAUCCUGUCGUGGCAGGUGCCGCACUCCGACGCCAUCACACCGGAGUCUCUGAGGCUGUUCAAAAUGCUAGAACCUAAAAUGGACCUUAUUGUGAUCGGUAUGGAGAGUAAAGAGCGCAGCACGAUAACGAAGGUGUUCAUGGCGGCGAAACAGGCGGGACUGACCGCGGAGAUACUCCCCGUGGAGCAUGCGUGCGCCACCUUCAACUUCCUCAACGCGGAGGGGCGAACUGUGGCGGCGGCGCUGAUCCCGCCCCUGAACGUGGAACCAAACGAGAACGACAUGCUGCAGUCGCAGCUGCACUACCAGAACCUCUACAUGCAGGACCUCUCCGGCUGAUAUCUCAUUAUUGGAGUACAGAUGCUGUAGUACCAGGGAUGUUGCGCAUGCAGAUUUUUUUACGUCCGCGGAUGCGGGUAUUUAAAGGCUCAAAUCCGUGGAUGCGGAUGCGGAUGUCAAGAUUAGGUACUUAAAAAACGUCAUAUUAUACAUUUUUAGUAAUUUUUAUUUAAAAAAAAACGAAACUUUUAUUUAUUUAUUUAUUUAUGUAUUUAUUUAAUCUUUAUUGCACAAAAGAAAAAUCUUAUAGUACAAAAGGCGGACUUAAUGCCAUAAGGCAUUCUCUACCAGUCAACCUUAACCUAAACUAACCUAAACUUUUGUAUUUGAGCAAGAAUAUAUGUGCGUUAUAUUUAAUAAAAAAUAACUUGUCCGACAUUUCUGGAUCUAGACGAUUUCGUUAUAGGUAAUGACGAAAUUACCUAGAGCACUUACGCCGCCGCUAAGACGUUCCUGUACCUACUUGUUCGACAUCCGCAUAAGCUCCGCAUCGAUAUUGUUGAAAAAAUUGCCUUCAAAGCUUGCAGUUUGAAACUAUAACCACAGUGUAAAAAGUAACAGUGGACCGACGCCUUUGAUGUUUGCGUAAAUGCCGACACCGCACAAGAAUACAGUAGGGUUGUCAAAAAAGACGCUACGAGUAAAGUGGGGACACUAAAAAUGGCGACGUAUGGAGCUCGGGUGCGAGCGAACCUUACAAGUUUUUACAAUGUGUUACAAUUUUAUUUUGUUAUAUUUUUCACGAAAAGAAAGGGUUUGGAGACUUAUAUGUUCGAUGAGCCACAAUAAUAAUUGUACGAAAUAAAAAAAAUAAACCCCCCCUAGGGUGACCCCCUAGGGGAUAGUAGGUAGUGGGGGGUUGAAAUUUUGCGAAUGGUAUUAUAUCCUUAUAGGGAAUUGUUAGUCCAUAGUUUCAAACCUUAAGCUUUAGAAUUUUUCCAAGGCUAUCCCUGCUACAUCCAAAAUGAAAAUUUUAUCUUUAUAAUGAAAUUGUAAAUAUAUUUGUAGUUAAUUAGUGUAAUUUAUUGUUAACUAUGUUGUUAGAUAAAUAAAACAAUUCGAAU